AGCUGUUAUUGGCUGAAGAUUUUGGGGCACCAGUGAAGGUCAAUGAUGCAGGGCUCGUUGGCGGAUGGCAGUUGCCACCUUGUUGUGAAAAGUACCUUCCUGGAAGUGACCGAUGGUGGCAUGAUGAAGCAGUACAGCAAGCUUCGUAGGGUCAAGUCGGAUAGCCUGGUGCAACACCUUCUCGAAGAAGAAGUUUACACGCCGGGAAAGUUCAGCAACGAACAGGAGCCCCAAGUCACGAUGUCAUCCAAGGCCAGUGACAGCAGCACAUGCCCUACGCCCCGGGACCAAACGCGGGCUGUUCGGCAGAGUCGAGCUCAGCCAAUGGAGCGAUCAGAACAGCGCGGUCGAUGGCAUCCACGGGCGGCCUGCGCUUCCACGCAGGCUCACUCGCCGGACUACAUGGGCCGCACCACCGUGAUGAUGCGAAACCUGCCCAACAACUACACAAGGGACAUGUUUGUGGAGAUGCUGAACAAGCAUGGUUUCAAAGGGCUCUAUGACUUCCUCUAUUUGCCCCAUGACUUUGACCGCAACGCCAAUCUGGGAUAUGCUUUCGUCAACUUGGUCACUGCAGAUGCCGUAAACUCAUUCUGGAGAGUCUUUGAUGGCUUCGGGCGGUGGUCAUUGCCGACUGCCAAGGUUUGCAAGGUGAGCUGGAGCGGCCCACAUCAAGGCUUGCAAUCUCAUGUGGAGAGGUACCGGAAUAGCCCGGUGAUGCACAAGAGUGUGCCAGAUGAAUACAAGCCUUUGGUCUUCAAAGACGGCGUCCGGCAGCCCUUCCCAUGCCCAACAAGAAAGGUAAAGCCACCACCUUCAAAAUCAGCUGAAAGCUACAGCUGAGGCAAAGCCCAGCUUCAUGAUCCAACGCUGGUGGCACAGUUUUCGAUAAAUCGGUGUAUAGUACAGGUGCUCAAGGGGUCCUGGAAAGACAGACCUUACUAGUCGUCGCUCCUUAUUUGCUUUUGGCAGAAGGCGCUAUGGCAAUUCAUCACUAAUUCGGUGCACGCUUGCGCGGAGGUUUCGAUGGCUGCAGGGUGUCCCUCGCCCA